AUGUUGAUGUCUGGAUGUUUUGAUAAGAUUAUACUUUGUUAUUAUAAGGAAGGCAAAGUACACGAAACAUUUAUUAACAUUGAACAACAGGAUCAAUUAAGCACAAUUGAGUUGAUUACAAUUGUCAUGAACCAUUACAAAUUCUCCAUAAAUCUCAUCCCUUCCAUAGGUUUCAAUGAUAUUACACUUGGUUCUUCAUUAUAUGAUGUAUUAAAUCAAUUAACUUCACAAGGAUAUCAUUUAAAUUUAAUAUUUAGUUCCAAAAAUCCUAUAAAUGUUCCAUAUAUUAUAUUCAUUAAGGAAUUAUCUACAAGAUUAAUAUUCAAUGGAUCAAAUCAAAUAUUACAAUUUAUUGAAUUCACAAGUUUCCAAAAUUUAAGAUUACAUUAUCAAAAUCAUAAAAUAUCUUCAUUAGGUUUGAAAACAAUUUAUAAUAAUUCAUUUGGUCCAACUUAUCCUGGUGAAAUUGAUGGUUCAAUUUAUAUUCUUUCUUAUCCUGGUAUUUCAUUUAGAUUCAAGAUCCCUCAAACAAUAAAAGAUCAAGAACAAGAUCAAAAUAAAAUAUUUAUCAAGAUAUUAGAUGAAAAUAUUGAAUUUGAUACUUUGGUUAUUCAUAAUGAAAAAAAUUGGAAUGAUGUUUAUGAAAAAAUUAUUAAUAUAAAUCAAGAUGGCUAUGAAUUAUUUGAUAAUAAAGAUAUUAAACCAAGGAUUAAUAAACCAUCAUCAGAUAUUUCAAUUGAUAGGAUUGAUAUAAAUAUGCCAAAGGGCAAAAUAUUAAUAAAUUUUAAUGAUUCAACCAAACCAUUUGAAAUUGAAAUAAACAAGACUUAUCAACAAGAUAUCUUGUUAAAAUUAGGACCACCUGAUGAUAUUUUCAUUAAAAAUGAUUCAAGAUUAAAAAUUCAUCAAACUAAUCAAACAUCAGAUUCUGAAGUCUUCCAUAAUUAUUUUAAAUUUGGUAUUGAUAUCUUAUACAACAUUUCAUCAAAAAAUGGCUCAAGAGUUAAAAAAUUUAUAAUUCAUAAUAAUUUACCAAAUUCUUUAAAUUUUCAGAAGUAUAAGAAAUGUAUUUGGAGAAUGUUAGGAUAUCCCCAACAACCUCAAACAACAUCAGAAGAUAACUGGGACUGGAUCAGGGAUAAAAAUCAAUUCAUAACAUCAGAAAUGUAUUUCAAUGAAAUUCCUAAAAAUUAUAAAACUAAUGGUUCGAAUUUACCUAUAAUUUUGAAUAGAUUUGAUUUAAUUAAUAACUUGGAUCAAUCAAUUGAAAUUAUUGAUGAUAUGGAUGAAAAGGGAGAUCAGGGGGAUAAUCAUGGUCAAUCUUUGAUUUAUGCUUAUAAAAGAUGUAUUUGGGAAAUUAUUGAUAAUGCUGCUAUUAAUAGUGUGACUUUGUACUAG